AUGAGCGGCGGCGGCGACCUAUUCGGCGCGCUGCCGGAAGAGCUCCUGCACCACGUGCUGUCCUUCCUGCCGUCGCGCGAGGCCGUUAAGUCGUCCCUUCUCUCCCGCCGGUGGCGCCACCUCUGGCGAUCCACCCCGGCCUUCCGCGUCCGCGGCAAUGGCCACGGCUUCCGACUCUUCGUCAACAGCCUGAUCGUCCACCGCGACGCGACGCCGCUGCGCUCGUUCGAGAUCGACGCCGACCUGUUGAUACCCCCCAAACACCCGUACGACAAUGACCCUGAGUUCAACAGGUUCUGGCGCGGCGAGGUCGACCGCCACAUCGACCUAUGGGUCAACCACGCCCUGUCCGCCAAGUGCCGCGCCCGCUCGCUGGUGGUCCGCUUGGAGGAAGAGCUCGCCCCUUGGCGCCCGCGGCGUCCCCUCCGCGCAUUCGCCUCGCCGUACCUGACGAGGAUCCACCUCGACGCCGUCCACCUCGUCGGCCGCCAGCUCGACUUCUCUUGCUGCCCGGCGCUGCUGCGUCUCGCGCUCGUGCGCUGCCGCCUCGAGGGUGACGCCCUCGUGUCGCCGUCGCUGGAGCGUCUCGCCAUCGUCGACUGCCAGAGCGAGAUCGGUGGAGAUCCGGAAGCACUCGACGAGAUGUUGCACACGAGCUUGUCCACGCCGAGGCUCUGUUUUCUGGAGAUCUCUGGUAACUAUGACCCGGAACAGUUCCUGGAGAGGAUGCAUUUGCCUUUGUUGACGGAGGACAACGUAUGGUAUACACGUGAAGCUAAUGUCUAUUCCUGGCAAUGGUGA